CAAAACUUAAAAACAGAGGCUAAAGAUUCAGCUUUGAAAAUCAAAUCAAAUAUCCUUCUCCCUCCCCUUGUUCGCACGUUUGCCGGCUAUCCAAAAUCCAAACCCACAAUUCUUCUUCAAAUCCUUGGCACAAUUACCAAAAAAGAUCCAAAAUUUCCCCCUUUCAACCCUUUUUUCGUUCUUGAAAAUAUUUCACCGGCCGGCGGUUCACCGGUCGGAAAACGGUGUCUCUGGUGAUGGGUAGGGCUUCAAUCGAUCUUUAUAACGAUCAAGUGUUGGUGUAUGCUUUGAAGAACGCGUAUGAUUGGUGGGAUGAGGUUAAUGAUUCUGCAGUUUCGCAAGAUUGGAUUUUUUGUGUUCUUGCUGCUCUGUACGGCGUCGUAUCGGUUGUGGCUUUGGUGCAACUAAUCAGGAUACAACUUCGAGCUCCAGAGUAUGGUUGGACCACUCAGAAGGUGUUCCAUUUGCUCAAUGUAUUGGUUAACGGGGUUAGAUGUUUCAUCUUUGUAUUCCAUCAUGACGUUCAACAGUUAAAGCCCGAGAUUAUCCAACAUGUAUUACUUGAUGUGCCAAGUCUUGCAUUUUUUACUACUUAUGCUCUCUUAGUGUUGUUCUGGGCAGAGAUUUACUAUCAGGCGCGGGCAGUCUCAACUGAUGGUCUCCGGCCAACUUUCUAUACAAUUAACGGAAUCAUCUAUACAAUUCAGAUAGUUUUAUGGUUAAUAACUUGGUGGAAGCCUAUCACUGCAAUGGUGGUCCUCUCCAAGAUGUUCUUUGCAGGUGUGUCCUUGUUUGCAGCCCUAGGUUUUCUUCUUUAUGGAGGAAGGCUCUUUUUAAUGUUGAAGCGCUUCCCCGUGGAGUCAAAAGGCCGACGAAAGAAACUGCAUGAGGUCGGCUAUGUGACAACAAUCUGCUUUGCGUGUUUCCUUGUAAGAUGUAUCAUGAUGUGCUUUAACGCGUUUGAUGAAGCUGCUAACCUAGAUUUGAUGGAGCAUCCUGUCCUCAACUUCAUAUACUACUUGCUGGUGGAGAUACUACCGUCGUCUCUCGUUCUCAUCAUUUUAAGGAAAUUGCCAUCUAAGCGAGCGGUCACGCCAUACCACCCUAUUCACUGAAAAAAGGUCCAUGAUAGACGACGAUAAGUAACUGAUUUCUCGAGAACAGUGCUGGUUUUUCUGCUGGAUGGCCAAUAUCGCAAAGGGAAUCAAAAGAACAAAUGUAGAAGCUGAGAAAACGGGUUAGAAAGGCGCUGAAAGAAUUGGGAACCAUGGUUUGUAACAUAUGUUUGUUGUAUUGAUCUGUAUUUGUUGUGAAAUACGUUUGUUAUAAUAGAUCUUGUUUAGUUGUUCUAAACAUUUUGCUGUUCAACGGUAAAGUAAUGAGUUUAAAUCAGUUAUAACAA